CCAUCGAACUCGGUCUAGCGCAUAUAUGCAACGACGUAAAUUUCAAAUUGUCGUUAAAGGUUAACAAAAGUGUUAUAUUUCUGCAAGAGUUAUCUACUCGAUCGAUAGAUCAAAAGAAUGGAAAGGAUAAAGAGGAUAAAGAAAUAAUUCAAGAAAAAAAAAAAGUGAAGUUUUGCAUGAAAAAGCAAGAAAACAAGAAACGUAAACGAGGUAAAUCCUAUUGUCGGUAAAUUUGUGGUGGCACAUACAUACGGAUCGUUUGAAAAUGACUACAUAACCAAUAAAACUAUGAACGAAAUUAAUUAAAACCGAAAUUAAUUCGAUGAACGAAAUUUUUGUCGAUAUCGAAUCAAAAUGGCUUCUUCGUCGGAAGAUGCUGAAAAAUCGGAACGUUACCGAUUGGAUGGCAACAUAACCGUUUCUCGUCGGACAGAAACUGCAUUGGACGUAUUCUGUAUAACUUAUACGGAAACGUUUGAAUUUUUGGCGGCAGGAUUGUCCGAUGGAACCGUACAAUUGUAUAAAACCGAAAAUGGCGUAAAAGCCAAGUUCCUUCGUGACAACGAAGUAGUGCAGAAUCCUGGGACAGUGACGGCUAUCAAGCACAGACCGGUCCGAAAGACACAUCCGAUAACUCACACUCUCAUCGCUACUUACAUAGAUGGAUACAUCAAAUCUUGGCAUUAUCCAAGUUCGCAAUGCCUCUACACGAUAAGAGAGAAUCGACAAAUUCUGGGUCUGGCCUAUCAUCCUAACGAACCGAAAUUCGUGACGGUCGGUGACGACACGAACAUCUAUUUGUACAACGAAGAAACGAAGGUUCAGGAAAGAGUGUUCCACGCGAGCGAAAUCGCCGAAAGGAUGGACGGACACAAGUCUCGCGUAUUCGCUGCCUGUUUUAAUCCAAAAUCAGCGCACGAGAUCAUAAGCGGCGGCUGGGACGACACUAUUAUGUUUUGGGACACUCGGCAACCUUACGCUCUUCGUUACAUAUCGGGUGUUCACAUCUGCGGAGAUGGCAUUGACAUAAGUCAGAACGGAAAGGAGCACGUUAACCACGUACAGAUCCUGACAUGCGCUUGGCAGAAAAAAGAUCCCAUUCAAUUGUGGGAUUAUGGAAGUGGCAAACUCAUAACGAGUCUCGAGCCCGAUAACGUACCUUCUAUGCUCUACUGCGGAAAGUAUCUCAGUAAUAUCUUUAUUACGUGCGGCGGAACGGAUACGAACUUGCUUAGAAUCGUCGACCUGCGUUCUCACUCGACCUUGGCGAUGGUGAGAAAUUUGCUCGGAGGUGUUCACGGAAUAGCGCUUGGACCGGUCGACACGAAACGCGCUAAAAAGUCGAGACAACCCGAGAUGUAUUUGCCCAAAAUCGCCUUCUGUUCCAACAAGAUGAUCUUAGAAGUUCAAAUCAAAUCCUGACCACGCGUCUCGUCGUCGUCUCUCCUCCCCGACUCGAGAGACGACCGAAGAGGGAUUCGAAUCUGUUCGUUCGAUCGAGGAACAACGAACGCCGCGGCCUGAUUUUCUCAAGCAAUAAACAAUGUAUUUUAUUUAAUACAAACUAUGGUACAAAAUUUACACAGAACAACGCACGGUUUUCUUUUUUCCACAUUAUUUCUCCAUACGUUAACGCACGGAUGAUACGCAGUUUCUCGUUUAAACGCACACACUUAAGCGAACGAACGUAGUAGGAGCGAGGAGGAAUAGAAUGAGGGGUCGCUUUGGGAAAGUACGAAGGGUCGAGAGUGGAGGAGCCGCGAGGAGGAAUGGGAAAGAAGAAGGAUGAGCGAUGAGG